AUGGCUUCAGAUUUUGGUAAUCCAUUAAAAAAGUUCAAGUUGGUGUUUUUGGGAGAACAAAGCGUUGGUAAAACCUCCUUGAUAACACGAUUUAUGUAUGAUAGUUUUGAUAAUACUUAUCAGGCUACUAUAGGAAUCGAUUUCUUGAGCAAGACUAUGUAUCUGGAGGAUAGAACGGUUCGACUACAACUGUGGGAUACUGCAGGACAAGAACGUUUCCGAUCGUUAAUUCCAUCUUAUAUUCGUGACUCAACGGUAGCCGUUGUCGUAUAUGAUAUCACAAGUUAG